CUCGUGAAACAUCAUUCGCGCUUCGGCGGUGGCCACGCGCGGUCGGUGCCUCCGUUGCCGGUUAUCACGUAACUUUUAAACAUUCGCAACCACAGCCGCCGACCAACAUGAGGACCGGAGGGACCCUGGGGGCCCUCCUGCUUCUCCUCAUCAUCUCGAGCGUGAGGCAGUCGAUCGCAGGAGAUCUAUACUGGGAGGGCGAGGAGGACUCCUCAAAUGAAUUCCUGGAGGUGAAAGACACGGACACUGGCUUAGGUAGCCACCUACGAAGAUUGAAGCGGGAUUUAUUUAAUUUCGGUAUUUACAAUCCGUUUUUCUCACCAACAACGGAACGGGUCGAGCCAGAACCUGUUACCGAUGACAACGAUGACGAUAUCUUAGACGAAGACCGAGACGGCUCGGGUUAUGGUCGAACCUAUGAACCGGACUCUAAAGAAAAAACUCUUCGAGUCACGUUCGUGGCUAACGAACCUUACCUGUCACAGUACUCCGACAGAGAUUCGGAGGAGUUCAGAAACUUCUCACAGUCCCUUGCCGAUGCUGUCAACAGCUUGCUCUCAAACCUAGGGUCGUACAAAGCAAGCCUUGUAAGGAUUCAAUCCCGCUUGGACGAUUUUACGUGUAAAGUGACUUUGGACAUCGUGACCACGGGCCACGACGAUCCUAAGGGGCUGGACGAGAUCACAGAACUAUUGCGGAAUCAUAUUAAACAGAAUGGCAAGCUUGGAUCCGUCAUAGUCAGUGACCAGGAGUUCAGCGCUAAUAUCAUCGACCCUGACACACCACUGGACACGUGCACCGACGAUGAGAUAGUGUGCGAUGUUAACCGUUGUGUCGAUAGAUUUAAGAUGUGUGACGGCGAAAGGGACUGCCUUGACGGAACUGACGAAAAUCGAUGCACAUAUGCACAAUUGACGACGCCAAGCCCCCUCCCGCCGGCCGCGCCCUGUGAAAAUCCCAUAACGUGUUCUAACUCGAACGUGACGAUAUGUCCUGAACAGUUGUGUGAUGGCAAAUCAGACUGCCCGGACAAUGACGACGAAUACGGCUGUACAACGACAUUAGAACCUGUCACAGAACGAUGUGGCGCUGACGAUUUCCGAUGCUACAACGGCAAAUGUAUAGAAGGGAGCCGCCGCUGCAACCGCGUAGUUGACUGUGCAUCUGGAGAGGACGAGAAAAAUUGUGGUUGCACAAGCGACGAAUUUCAAUGCGACAAUGGCAAAUGCAUCGAGAUCAGGAAAAAAUGUGACGGUGUGCAACAUUGUUCAGAUGGGUCUGACGAAUUCGAAUGUGACUAUGCACAAUUUAGAUGCAGUAGUGGCAAGUUAAUUCCCCUAAGUAAACGAUGCGAUCGACAGUACGAUUGUUCUCCUGAAGAUUAUUCUGACGAACAACAUUGUCCUUGUGAUGACGAUGACUUCAAAUGUGACAAUGGCCAUUGCAUACCUGCUCGCAAACAAUGUGAUGGAUCGCAUGAUUGUCAGGACGGUUCUGAUGAACGAAAUUGCAUUGAUGGCUCAAUAUGCAUGGCUUAUGAAUCUAUGUGCACGAACGGACAAUGCGUGCCAGCUGGCUCGGCCUGCAACGGAACUGUUGAGUGCGACGAUGGAUCCGAUGAAAGGGACUGCACUUGCAAAAGGGGCGAAUUCCGGUGUCGCGAUAAAUCUUGCAUUACAUUAGCAAAACGAUGCGAUUUCUACAGGGAUUGCGCCGAUGGUGACGAUGAACUCGACUGUGAAAACCGAUGUCUCGAUGGCCAGAUUCCGUGUAUUUCGUAUGGCAAUGAAAUAUGUUCCAUUCCUUGCGACGGUAAUCCAGAAUGUGACAAUCAUGAAGACGAACAAAAUUGUGGUAAAGAAGAUUGCAUCCACCAAUGUGACAAUAUAUGUUUGGAACGUGAAAAAAUAUGCAACGGCAUCCCGGACUGUUCUGACGGCUCUGACGAAAACGACUGCGAUACAUGUAUUGGACCUGAUGACUUCAGAUGCAACAACGGUGAAUGUAUUAAUCCCGUACUACGGUGCAAUGGCUAUCCAGAGUGCAACGAUGGAAGUGACGAGGAGAAUUGUAACACCACUAUGAUAUCUAGAUCACGCGAAUGCAACGAGAACCAAAUACAAUGCGGUGACGGCACUUGCAUUGACAACCAAUUUUUCUGUGACGGACACGAGGACUGUAACGAUGGCACAGAUGAAGAGAAAUGUCCGUGUAGAACCGACGAGUUCUCGUGUAGAUCUGGUAAAUGUAUAUAUAAAUCGCAGCAAUGUGAUAAUCGUAGAGAUUGCGACGAUGGGUCAGAUGAAGAAAACUGCGCGGACAUUUUCGACGUGUUCACAACACGUCCACCACCUGUUUAUACCACAAGAGGAUACGAUAACGGCGGCAGAGGAUCAGCAGAAAGACUAUAUCCGGAUGAAAGAGACGAUUUUGAACCGCCACGUGGUAAUCUUCCGUGGGAAACAGAUGACUCAUUGUAUAAGACAACACCAUUGUACGAAGUGCCUGAAACUUACCCGGGAGAAUCGGAAGGAACUACACGUAGGUCAUAUGGAAGCUCUGAGGAUGAAGGUCAACGAGGUCGACCAUACAGACCGUAUUAUCCCUACUAUCCUGGACCUUCCGUUCCCAAUCCGCCUCAGGGAGAACCCAGGCCAUACGAUGGCGGCUCUUACCCUACCGGAACAUACCAACCAGAGGAACAUAGACCUUACCAAGGAGCCGGAUCUGCAGAUAGGGAUCUUUAUCCAAGUGGAACAUCCCGACCAGAUUAUGACAGCGAAUCCAGGUUUAAUGCGGAUCGUUACGGAUACGGACAAACUGGCACAUCAUUCGUCAACGUCGGCUGUGCAAGGCAUCAAUGGCGUUGUGACGACGGAUCUUGCAUCGAUGUGAUUCGCCGUUGCGAUGGACACGUGGACUGUCCGGAUAGCGCUGAUGAAUAUAAUUGUCCCUCAGGCACACCUCCAGCUCUCAAUCUUAAGACAUACCCUGACGAACAAACAGUGAAAUACGCUAAAUAUUAUCAGGGUGGUGACGUGGUAUUCCGGUGCAGAGACGAAGGGCCCCAAAGAGCAGCUGUUAGGUGGGUUAGAGAAGGCGGUAAAUCACUGAAACCUGGCGCCACGGACAGGAAUGGACGGCUCGAAAUAAACAAAGUUACUACUGCGGACAGCGGCGUUUACAUUUGUCAAGCUGUUAAUUUCUUGAGUUAUCCUGGAUCAGAAUUACGCGUUUCGUUAACAGUAGACAGAGCUGUGGCGACCGCACCCCCGCCGUUCCCAAGCUGUCGGCCAAGUGAGGCAACGUGCGGCAACGGGCAAUGUAUAUCCAAGUCAUUGGUCUGCGACGGAAAGCCUGACUGCAGUGACGGCUCUGAUGAAGACAGCUGCACUCAUCAAGGAUUAUGCGAACCAAACCAAUACCAAUGCGGGAACCGUCGAUGCGUCCUCAAGACCUGGGUGUGUGAUUCGGAAGACGACUGUGGCGAUGGGUCCGAUGAACAGAACUGCGGACCACCUGACCCUGACCGACCCUGCUUGCCAGUGGAAUUUACUUGUGCUUCGAACCAGUGUAUCCCCAAGAGUUACCACUGCGAUAGCGUCUUUGACUGUUUAGAUAAAUCUGAUGAAAUAAGCUGCGCUCCGGUAUACAUCACCAAGCCUCCAACUCCUGGCGUGGUGCAUCUUGUCAUUAACGAGACCCUAGUGUUGACUUGCUCGGCUGCUGGAGUGCCGACUGCCAUGAUAUCCUGGAGACUGAAUUGGGGGCACGUGCCUCCCCAAUGUGUAUCUGUUAGCGUAGACGGAGAAGGUACCCUCACAUGUCCAAACAUGCAGCCUGAACACAGCGGCGCGUACUCUUGCGAAGCUAUCAACAACAAGGGAGCCACGUUUGCGACACCAGACGCCAUUGUAUUUGUAAACAAUACCAACGUUUGUCCUAGCGGUUACUUUAACAGCGAUGCUCGUUCGCCAUCUGACUGUAUCCGUUGCUUCUGCUUCGGCAAAUCGACCAAUUGCGACAGUGCCCAACUUUUCAUCUACAACAUGCCAUCUCCCUUGGGUCAAGGAGGCACCAGGCUCGUGGGCAUCACUCUGGGACCGAAUGGCGAACCUGAAAUCGAUUCUCAACCGAUCACCGACCAAUAUUACUAUCAACCUCUGAGAAAUGGUGCUACGGUAACCAAGUUGCAGAGAUUCGAUUCCAGUUGGGGUUACGGCGAUGUAGCACACCCAUAUUUAACUUUACCGGCGUCAUACAAUGGCAACCAGCUCACUUCUUACGGUGGCCACAUCACUUACCAACUGGCCUCGCAUUCUUCUGGCGGUAACUUUGACAACAGCAUGCCUGAUAUUAUUAUAAAGGGCAAAUAUGAGACUCUCAUUUACUACCAAAACGGUCCAAAGGAAACCAUAUCGACACGUUUUGUGCCAGGAACUUGGGAGAAGACCACAUCCAGAGGCAGGGAACAAGCAAACCGCGAAGAUAUAAUGAUGGCCUUGGACAAUGUUGAGAUGAUCUUACUUCGAGCUGACUUGAACAAAGCUGGUGUCAACAUAACUGACUUCGUAAUGGAAUCUGCUCAGUACAUCAAUGCUGGCCUUGGUCCUGCUAAUCUUGUAGAAGAGUGCAAAUGCCCACCAGGAUAUGACGGCCUUUCUUGCCAGAAAUGCGCUGCCGGCUAUGAACGCGACAAGUCAGGUCCUUGGCUCGGAAGCUGUGUACCUGAACGCAGAACUUGUCCUCCAGGAACAUAUGGCGAUCCAAACAAUGGCUAUGCAUGCUCCCCGUGUCCUUGCCCAUUAACUUCCCCAUCCAACCAGUUUGCUCGCACUUGUAGCGUUGGAUCAAGUGGUAGAGUGCUCUGCGAUUGCUUACCAGGCUACGAAGGUGAUAACUGUGAACGCUGCGCUCCCAACUAUGAAGGAAACCCACUUAUACCUGGUGACUCCUGUAAGAGACGUCAAGAACCUACAUGUAACCCAUGGGGAACCAGCCAAAUUAGAUCACUCGACGAUUGUGUAUGCAAGGAUAAUGUGGAAGGCAGAUAUUGUGAUCACUGCAAGAGUGAUUCCUUCUUUCUCUCACCAGACUUCAGGCAUGGCUGUGCAUCUUGUUUCUGCUCUGGUGUUACUGAAACGUGUACAAGCAGCAACUUCCGGCGCAAGACGACAUAUGUGGUCUUCAAUACUCCUCAAAUCAUCAACCAAUUGACAACUUACAGCAGUACAGCAUCAGGCUCAUCUCCUUCCCCGAGAUAUAAUGCACCAGUAUCAACUGUUCUCGAUAUAACUGCAGAAAGCGGAGGCGCAACAGCUGUAGGCCUGUCUGGCACCCAGCCAACUGUUUACUACUGGAGUUUGCCCGCUAGUUUCGCUGGGGACAAGGUGACAUCAUACGGUGGAUACCUGCGCUACCAACUGAGAAAUGUACCAUACUCCAGUGGCUACAGCCUGAGUGACAAAGCAGCUGACGUUCAGCUAAUCAGUGACAAUAGAUUGACUUUCCAUUACUUUGGAGAUGUACGGCCUGCGAGUGAUGGUACCUUGAACGUCAGCGUACAGUUCUUCGAGGACAAAUGGAAGAGAACCGAUGGCAAAGAUGUACCAAGAGAACAGUUCCUGCUUGCGUUAGCUGAUGUAAAAACAAUCCUAAUCAAGGCGACGUACAACGACGAGCCUCAAUUGGCGAUCAUUGAAAGUGCAAGCAUCGAGACUGCUGAGGAUAGUGGCACGGGCGAAGUGGCCUUACAUGUGGAACAAUGCGACUGUCCGCGAGGCUAUAUCGGUACCUCCUGCGAAGACUGCGCGCCUGGUUAUAAGAGAUAUUCUCGCGGCAUCUACUUGGAACACUGCGGCCCUUGUGAAUGCAGUGGACACUCAUCAAUGUGUGACGCCGAUACUGGAGUUUGUUACAACUGUCAACACAAUACAUACGGCGACAACUGUGAACAAUGCAAGCCGGGGUACACUCGCGACUCGAACGAGAACUGCAUCGCGUCAUCUAUCGCGCCACCUUGCACAUGCGACUCCCGCGGCCAAGAUGGCCCAUGCGACGUGUACGGCAAUUGUCAGUGUAAACAAAAUGUAGAGGGCGCCGCUUGCGACCAGUGCCGCCCUGGUACUUUCGGACUGGACGCUAACAAUCCUCAGGGCUGUCUCUCUUGUUACUGCUCCGGUGUCACAACAGAGUGUCAUGAGGGCACCAACUAUUACCGGAUCCCCAUGGCCGCUCCCAUCUUAGGUAGUAACUACGGUGGAUAUACUAUUACCAAUCUCAACGGCGACCAGGAGUACAACACUGACUUUGUACCACUGCCGAAGAAUAGCGAACUCCGAUACACCUUCCAGUUCCCACCCAGCGAAGAUCUUUAUUGGUCCCUGCCAGUAUUUCCAGGCAACAGAGUACUCUCCUACGGCGGUACGUUACAGUUUCAACAGAACUUUGAAGAUCGGUACAGAGUCACAACAUCUGAAGAGGAAAGAAAUGUGGUGCUUUUUGGUGAUGAUAUUUCCAUUUAUUGGAACAGUCCUACACCGAUCAAAUCUGGACAGAAAACUCGGGUGAUUCUUCAAGAAGAAGGUUGGUAUAUCCUCAAUACUGUAACACCUGCGAGCCGCAACGAUUUCAUGAAUGUACUUAGAUCUCUGAGGAGGGUUCUGGUGAAGGCUACCCUGACACCAGACAUCUUGUCAACCACAAUAGCUGAUGUUUCAAUGGACACUGCCUCGACGUUCGCUGACCGUGGCUACCCGGCAGUCAAGUCUGUGGAGGUAUGCAUGUGCCCACAAGGAUACACAGGCACUAGUUGCGAGAGCUGUGUACAAGGGUAUUAUAAGGAUCGCAGAGGUCGCUGCAACCCUUGCAACUGCAAUGGUCACGAAUGCAAAUUGACAAUGAACAACGAGGUUACAUGUUACUGUAGGCCCCCAUACACAGGUCCCGACUGCUCCACGUUUGGCCUAGUAAUGGAAUUACAUCCAACAAUAGAAGAAGAUGUCGCACUCGACGAAGCGUAUAAACGAAUUACGCUUACCUGCAAAUAUAUAGCGCCAGAGCCACUAACUAUUCAAUUCUUUAACGAGGGAGUGGCAGUGGAACCUCCCAAAUACUACAAUGAGUCGAGAUUGUACAAAAAUGGGUGGCGCGGCGAACAUUCCUGGCAAACUAUUUGGGAUACAAGUUUAGAAGAAAUAUAUGAGUGUCACGCGAUAACCCAAAAGGGGGUUACAUUGGGGGUGUUGACUACCAGUUUGCCGGAGCCAGGACAACCACAAGUUACAAAUCCACCACCGUACCCAACACUUCCGCCGCCGCCGACCUCCACUCUGAUAGUGACGAUUACAUCACCCACGAUAAUGAUCAAAGAAGUUGGCAGUACAGUGAGCUUCACGUGUCAAGCGCAGAGUCGCAUGACCCGCAGCAGACUCCGGGUUACUUGGUCUAAAGAAGGCGGCUCGCUGCCCUACGGCAGGAGUAUGGUAGACGAAGCGAGUGGAAGCCUUUGGAUUCAAAACCUUCAAGAUACUGAUACCGGCAAAUACGUUUGCGAGACGACAGAUGGAAUAUCUACGGCGCAGGCUACAGCUAGUCUCACAGUUGGCGUAAACCAGAGAACAGUACCGGAAGUUACAAUAGUAUCAGCUGUAAAAGACUAUAUUGAAGGCGAGACCAUAGAGUUGGAAUGCCGAGCGACUGGUAACCCUGCGCCGACGCUAUCGUGGCGUAGAGCUAACGGUCAACCGCUACCACAGACGGCAAACUCACAAAAUGGCUUAUUGAUCAUCGAACAGUCUCGCGAGGAAGAUUCUGGAGAAUACAGAUGUACCGCAAUAAACACGGAGGGCUCUAACGACCGCAUCGCUGUUGUGAACGUACGGCCCAGGCCUUACACACCGCCCAGAGAGAAACUGACCGUCUCCAACGCAUCACCAACUAUCCACGAGGGGCAGGACAUUAACAUCGUGUGUACAGCCACGCAGUCUGUUGCACCAGGCUCCAUACAAUGGGUCAGACAAGAUGGUACCGCGUUUUACGGCAACGUGCGUUCCGAGAACGGAGUCCUUUACAUCCAAAGCGCUUUGCCGGAAAACCAAGGAGUUUACAUCUGCCAAACGCCCUACAACUCAAUAUCUCCCAUCAUGGUCGUUUUGAAAGUAAUACCUCUUGAGACACCAUCGCCAUCGGAGUCUUCGAACAUUACGACUACAGUGCCUGGCUUAAGGAUACCCACCGGUGGUACAGACUCCGUUGAAUGCCUACCAACAGGCUACCCUCCGCCAAUCGUUAGGUGGAAGAAGUACGAUGGCGAUUUUGGUCCCGGAACUAGUCAAUUCGGUAAUGCACUGGUGAUCACGAACGCCCAAGACAGCGACCAGGGAUACUACUUGUGUGAAGGAAUCGUGGACAAUGUGAACAUCGCCACAGUCUACGUAUUUGUUCAGGUUGAAAAACGCGAACCGCCUCGUGUCUCUAUAUGGCCGGAAGAACCGAACCCAGUGACCAUCGGAACCACUUUCGAACUACGUUGCCAAGUGUUAGCCGGCUUGCCGGAGCCUGACGUUAUGUGGGCCAGAGAAGGAGGCAGGUCAUUGACCAGGACUGCACAGAUCCUACCGCACCAUAUACUGAAAUUCGAAAACAUCGACGUAAACGACGAAGGCACGUACACUUGUACAGCGUCCAAUGAUGCCGGUAAAGAUCAAGCGACGGCCACCAUCCGGGUACAGUCCGUGCCGACCAUUACAAUGACACCAAACAAUUACAUCACGGUCGAAGUCGGAAACCCCAUCAACUUCGAGUGUCGCGCCAGCGGGUACCCAUUACCUAAAGUCUCUAUUAAAACCCGAGACUUCAGGGAGAUCGUGCCGCCGACCAGCGCUAUCGCUGCUCUCCGCGUGAGCUCAGCCAGUGAACGCGACGACGGCGAGUACGUGUGCCAGGCCACCUCCUCCGCUGGCACCAUCGAAGAGAACUUCGUCAUCGUCAUCGAGAGGGGUGAUCUCGGGUCCGACAACGACAGAGGAAGUGGAUACGAGCCCGAUGACAACAAUAACGGAAACGAGGAAUCGAGCAGUCUCAUUAUGCCUGAAGGAAAAGACGCCAUAAUCAGAUGUGACUCCGACGGCUAUGACACUACCUGGUCGAGACUCGGUGGAAGGCCAUUACAACCGAACGCAAUCCAACGUGGACCCGAUCUGUUCAUUUAUAAUGUAUCAAAAAGCGACGCCGGCGACUAUGAAUGCGCGAUAAUAAUAGAGGGAGACCCGAGGAAUGUGGUGUACCGGCAGUUGAUUGUGAUGGCUGCGCCCAGGAUCACACUAUACCCUCCCAGCCAGACUGUGCGCCCUGGUGACUCUACGGUUGUGAACUGCACCGUCACCGGCGACAAUAUCCAAGACGUUACCUGGUUACCUUCCAGAACGCCAAGUAACCGAAUCGAAAUCCGCAAGUCCUCAUACACCUCAGUCCAGCUGAUAUUCCACCGUAUAGAAGUAGAAGACGCCGGAGAAUACCACUGUUUCGCUAGUAACCCCGUAGCGAACAUCACCAACACUGCUGAAGUCAUCGUCAGCGACGACAGUGACAGCGAACCAAGGGAGUCUCGCGAUGUAGAACAGAACGGCCGCGUCGGCGACGCCAUACAACUGGACUGUAGCUCGGGACACCGGUACACCAAGAUAAAAUGGACAAAGGACGGGAGGGCACUGCCGAGAUCGAUAAAACAGAAAGGCGACGGCUCCCUCUACAUUAGGUCCGCGAAAAAGUCUGACAGUGGACAGUACGUGUGCAUUGUACGAGAUCCAUACGGAAGGAAUAGCACCAAAUACAUCAACCUUCAUAUAUCGGGUCCUCCGUCGGAGUAUUCCAUGGUGACCAUCGAUAAGCCAUACAGACAGUACAGAGUCGGUGAGACCGUGGAAGUGGUAUGCCGUAAGGAAUCUCCAGACAUCCACGUCAUUUGGGAGCGAUUGGGGACAAGGCAAUACGUAGACCUGAGGACUUUCAAAGAUGGCGCUGUACUUGUGAUAAAGAAUGUGACAGAGACAGACGCCGGCCUGUACAGGUGCACUGGACAAGAUCGCUACGGUCAACGUAGUUACGUAGACUACAAUGUCGAAGUACAACCAGGUUCGAAUAUACCGUUCUAUCCGCCGAGCGAGAAGAACGUUGUGUACACUGGCCGUUUAGGUGAUACUGUGGACAUGCCUUGCACACAUGACUUAGACCCACCCGUCACCUUCGAAUGGCGGAAGGAGUACUCCAGCACCCCACUACCGUCGCACGCUAGAGCUAGUGCGCCUCUGCUCUCAUUGUACAAUAUCUCCGAAAACGACGCCGGUGUGUAUGUAUGUCGAGUGACCAAUCAGCGGGCGUCCAUAGAAACGAGAGCGACCCUGCGCGUAGAAGGAGUCAUUCCAAGGUUCGAUGGCAAUUCUUGGAUUGCACUACCUACUAUAAAGGAAGCCUACAACAAAUUCGACAUCGAGAUAUCCUUCAGACCAGCUGAUGACAAUGGCCUACUCCUAUAUAACAGUAACAACCUCGAUGGCAACGGUGAUUACAUAGCGCUACAGCUGAUCGACGGGAUCCCGCAGUUCAUCAUGGAAACAGGCUCUAGUCCGGUCACGGUACUAGGCGAUCGACCACUGCAGUUGAACGCUUGGCACACGAUCAAACUGAACAGAAAUGGAGGCAAAGUGUCCAUGAUCGUGGAUGAGACUGGGCCAUUUAUCGGUGAAGAGGGCAGGUGGGAUGUUUUGGAUCUGUCUGAACCGUUAUACAUCGGCUAUGUUCAAUAUGACGUCGCACUACCGCCAUCAGUGAAAGCGGACGCUGGUUUCGUCGGUUGCGUGAGCUUGCUGAAACUAAACAAGGUAGACAAGAAGUUGAUAUCUGACAGAAUUGAUUGGAGCAACGUCGAGUAUUGUGACCCUUGUGUGCCCAAUCUAUGCGCGAACGACGGCGUCUGUCAGGAGGCAAGUAACGAGCGCGGCUAUAUUUGCCUGUGCACCCCCGGAUUCGCGGGUCUGAACUGCAACCGGACCGGCGAGGCGUGCCGGCCUGGUAUAUGCGGACCGGGAAAAUGCACCGACACCGCUGACGGAUACACCUGCGCUUGUCCCGUCACGUACACUGGCAGGAACUGUGACGUCAAACAGUACAUAGAGUACCCAGCGUUCACGGGCAGCGCGUACCUGGCCAUCAAAGCACCAAGCACCUCCAAGUUCUUCAAGAUGUCCAUGAAAGUGAAAGCCACCACGCCCGUCACUGACGGCAUCAUCAUGUACUGUGCCGAGUCAGCGAGAGGCUACGGAGGGUUCACUUCCCUGGCUGUGCACAAUAGGAAACUCGAGUUCAGAUACGAUCUAGGCGACGGAAGCCUGCCAGUAAUAAUAACGGCCGACAGGGAGUUGCCACCCAACGAAUGGACAGACGUGCAAAUCGCUCGUGUCGGUCCCGACGUGUCCCUGAAAGUGAACCUUAUAUACAGCUACGAUGGAAGACUCGACUCCGCUAAGAAGGACUUGACUCUGGAGACCCCUAUGUUCGUGGGCGGUGUGGAUGACUCGAUCAUUCUCAACAACAACACCGGUAUCACUGGAGGUUUUAAUGGCUGCAUCAAAGAUGUCCAAGUUUACGGCGACGCAGUGGAUAUUGUGAACUCUUCGAUCCGAUCCGCCAACGUGAAGGAAUGCAGCAUCUACGACCGUGGUGACAUACCAGAAGCUGAAAAUGUAUGUUCGCAAUGUCGCAACGGCGGUGCUUGUGAAGGGGAUUCCAACGUGUGUUCGUGUCCGCCCGGCUUCACCGGCAUUUAUUGCGAGUCGUACUCCCCGAGGAGGAUCCCGCGGGCACCGUGCGCGGUCCAGCCCUGCAGGAACGGAGGCACAUGCAAGGCCGACCUUACCACUAUGAUGAACUACACGUGCGACUGCCCGCUCGGAUACUCCGGCACUAAUUGUCAAAUGCCAUUGGAACUUCUCCAAAGCGUGGGUUUCAACGGCAACGGAUAUUUGGAACUGCCAGCGAACCUUCUACGCUACGACGACCUCGCGUCAGACCCGGCUGUGAUCGCUUUAGCUAUGCACACCACCAAUGACGGCGUACUGCUGUAUCAGAGGCAAGGCCCGUCCUCGCCUGACGACUACUACGCGGGAGAUUUCAUCUUGUUACGUGUGGAAAAAGGCAUUGUAGUAAUGGAAUGGGACUUGGGCGGUGGAAGUUCGAUAUUAGCAAUAAACGACGUGUUCGUCGCAGACGGUGAAAGGCAUACGGUGAUUGCUAAACUGUUACCUGACGGCGAGGUUUCCUUAUCGGUCGAUACCAAAAUUAAAUCUGGUCAGACUAAUGGAUUGCAGAAAACUAUGAAUGCCGAUUCCAAUAUUUACAUUGGUGGUAUCCCGGAGAGAUUUAACGAAGACAGGUACCCAGGCCUUUCGGGAUGUAUAGAACAGGUGGAACUCAUGAACGACAACCGAGGCCUGAACCUGGGCAGGCAGGCUGUCGCGGCGAGAAACACGCAACUGUGCAAGGAACCCGGACGUUACUAAGGAGGAGUCCUUCACAGUUCUAUCAUUAAUGUUAAGGUGAAUUCCGCAAACACUUGAAACCACUUCGUCAAUAUUUGUCUAUUAAAGUUCCAGACUAUUGUCAAUUUAAUGUAAUAGUAUAAUAAUUAUUGAAUAUAUCUAAAUAUAGGUCUCGAUGUUGUUUGUUGAAUUUAAAACCAACGAUUCUUAUUACAUAAACACUUACAGUAAAUGUUUGUUAAUUUCUUUUUUAAUUGGAAAAAAAAAAACUCUUUAACGAGUAUCGUUGUACUUUAGUAUAUAAGAUUUCAACAUUCUGGACAAUACAGUUAGUUUAGUAUAUAGAUAAUGGAGAUGUUAUUAAUGAAAUUUAUCAUUAUUGUGUAUAAGGUAAGUCGAAUUAUUGUAUACACUCUCAAGCGAGUAGCUCUCGUCGAUGUAACAAGUUGGUGCCAUAAUGUUCGAAUAAUACUUAAAUAAAUGUAGUUAGGUAACUAUUUUCUAAUUAACCUUUAUAAAAGUCCAAAUGGUACCGAUGAUUUUGCAUUUCUCUCUGUUUAUUAUAAUUUGCUAUUAUCGUUUAGAGCUAACAGUGAUGCGGCGACUCGGGAACGAACAUGUGCCAAAUGUGACGGCGGCAGACAACAAUAUUUUAUAUCACUGCCAUUAUUUUCGCUUCGUAAUUUUUAAGUUGAUAGAAUACUUUCGCUUUUUAAUAAAAAAAUAAAUAAAUAAAUCAACGAAAAAUGUAUUUUAUGCAUUUAGACAAAUAUAUAAUAAACAAUUAUAUAUUAUUAUAGUACAUACAAUGACAAUUACGUUUGUAUUCAUUUUAUUAUUGAUAAUGUAAAUUGGUUGUUCGAUGUUAUAUAUUUUGGUGAAACGAAAAUUAUAUAUAUAUAUAUAUAUAUAUAUAUAUAUAUAUAUAUAUAUAUAUAUAUAUAUAUAUAUAUAUACAUUAAAUGUGUAUGUUACAUAGCUUAGCUAAUAUAACUAUUGACAUAAAUUUAAAGUGUCUCUGAAAGUACUGAAAAUAACGUAGAUAUGUUUACAUUGUAUAGGUAUGUACUGUCUGAAUGCCUGCCUAUAUUGUUAGUCUAUUCGUGUAUUGUCGAUAAGUGAAUGAUGAAAUAAAACUAACACUGUAA